CAUAGUAUGUAUAUUGGAUCGUUAGUGGAAAUCACGGCCCUGCUAUUCCCUUUAGUUUGAUUGGCCUUAACGGCGGAAGGUUGAGUUGGCUUCGCCCCAGCACCUGCCCAGCCGAAGGGCCUCGUUUCAUAAUGUGGACCGUCGAGUUGUCUGUUGAUGACGACUACUUCACGCCUUCCCAGUUCAUACCCAUAACCUUAUUUUAUUCUAUAAACGUGCCUUUUUGUUGACAUCAAUUUAACCAUCAUCUUACAGUACCUAACAUCACUAGUCGUAGUCUAUCAAAUAUAGCACAUUUCUAGACUCGAUGAUGUCUACACCAUUCUGUUAGUUAGCACACAUUCAUCAACUACCCGCGAUUGAUCUAUUGUUCAAAUAGUGAUCCGUCAAUACCACCCCAGCCGUCACCAUGUCGGAAGAAGCAUCGCCUUUGCUCUCGGCCGCGACGAAGGGAAAAUCCAAGGCCCGCGAGCAGGAUGAUUCCGGCGAAUCGACGCCGCUUCUCUCGGGUUCGACAGCAACGCCACGUUACGAUGGAGAAGAAGAUGAGCAUCAUGUAGACAAUGAGGAUUCGAGUCCAGCUCACCCCGUCGAUGCGUCCCCCGCUUCCAGUUCGACUAAGAAGUCUAGGAGAUGGGCGUCGUUUAUCGCAAUGUUCAUACUGGCAGUGCUCAUCAUCGUCAUCAUUGUUCUCGCCUUCGUCGUUCCCCAAGCUAUUCAAGAGUACGCUCAACAAGCCGCCGUUAUUGAGCCUACCAACCUCUCCCUCGAAUCCAUUACGACGGACGGCGUUCGAGCUCGGAUACAAGCCAACUUUCAUCUGGAUGGGUCCAGAGUUGGCAGCAAUCAUGUGCGAAGAGUAGGAAGGGCUGUUACAUGGGUGGCAGCUCAGCUUGAAAGCGAGCAGACGAAGGUCGAUGUGCGCAUUCCCAAAUAUGACAACGUGUUACUUGGAAGCGCAAUCGUCCCGCCCCUAUUGAUUAACUUGCGGGAUGGCGACGUAACACAGUUUGACAUCGUCGCGGAUAUACUGCCGGGCGAUCCAGAAGGCAUUCGCAUAAUCGCGAAUGAAUGGUUCGAAGGCAGAUUAGACGAACUGCUUCUAAACGGACAGGCUGAUCUCAGUCUCAAAUCUGGGAUCUUCCCUCUAGGGACACACGCCAUCUCGGAAUCGAUUGUAUUUGAAGCUAACAAAGUCCCUGCGAUACCAAAAUAUAAUAUUACUCGUUUUAAAGUCGAUGAUGGCCCGAUGAAUGGGACAAUGCUAGCCGAUGUAGCACUGGCGGCGUUCAACGAGUAUCCGGUCGAACUUAAUAUUCCCGAGCUCGCGUUUGAUAUUUUAGUACCCGGUUGCGCUAGUUCAGACCCCUUCAUCCUAGUAGCGGAAGCGGCUACGAGCGAGGUUCACGUAGAACCACGCUCUGAUGUCGUGGUCGAUGUUAAUGGAGUUAUCCGCGAAUUACCUCACUCUUUGACUCACAUUUGCCCGGACUCUACUUCCUCACCUUUAGAUAACAUCCUUCGACAAUAUAUGCAUGGCGACCCCGCCACACUCUUCGUCCGUGGGAGUCGUCAUCCCGAUGGCGACACGCCGAAGUGGAUUGCAGACAUACUAUCUAGCGUAACAGUACCUGUCUUAUUUCCCGGACGUACGUUAGACGGUCUGCUUAGGAACUUCUCUUUAACCGACGUCAAUUUUGCUCUACCAGAUCCCAACUCCCCAGACUCCAACCCGACAGUCUCAGGAACCAUUUUAGUCACCGCAAGCAUUCCUUCUGAUAUGAACUUUGGUAUAGACGUGACAAACGUCCGCGCUACGGCGGACGUGCUUUAUAAGUCAAAUAAAAUGGGAGAACUAAAUCUACGAGAAUGGCAACACGCUAAUUCUACUAGGGUUGAAGGCGAGGGGGACGAUGGGCCUAUGCUCAAAAUCCAGUCCCGCGUCAUCGAUGCACCCCUCAACAUCACCGACAGUACGGUCUUUGCCGAAGUUGUCACUGCCUUGUUGUUUGGCAUGGAGACAGUUCGUCUACAUGUUGACGCUUUAGUGGAUAUCAAAGUGCACACCACGUUAGGAAACCUUACUCUAAAGGAGGUUCCUGCGGAGGGCAAAAUUCCAGUAAAACCCCUUCCCAAGGGUGCUGUUGGCAGUAUUGAACCAAAGGUCGGGUCUCUCAGGAUUUUGGACACGACAUCAGAUUCGAUAACGUUGCAAGCCUUAGUUAAUGUUACCAAUCCGACGCCUUAUACAGCUCAUGUACCAUAUGCGAACAUCCACGUCCUGAAUAAUGGUUCGAUCAUCGGGAGUGCUACAGUAGAGGACCUAUAUAUCGACAAAGGUCCAAACUCAAAUAUACUUGUUACCGCAAAAUGGAAUCCACCAAUGGGUGGCGCCCACGGUCGAAAGGUUGGGCGGGAAUUAAUAUCACAGUACCUGUCAGGCUGGAACACGAGCAUCACCGUAAAAGCACAUCGAAAUAGCAUUCCUGGCCAACCCAUCAUCUGCGAAGCCUUAUCGAAAUUCAAUAUGACCCUCUCCGCUCCCAAGCUGAGUUUGCCUGGGGAUACCCCUGAAGAGAGGUCUCGCUUCAUUAGAGAUGCUACUUUCCAUGUCUUUUCAUCGACGGCCACAUUUACUCUUGUAUCACCAUUGCAUUACAACACAUUAUAUAUAGAUGCUGUCAACGCUACCGCGUUGUAUAACCACACCGAGCCGGUAGGGCAGAUUGUCUAUGACUUACCGUUCUCAGCACCACCUGGCAAAUCCCAAACGCCGAAACUACCAGUAACGUGGUCCCUGGACUCGGUUGGCUACGAUGCUGUGAAGAAAGCGAUAGGCGGAAAACUCAAGCUGGAUGCAUAUGCUAAUGUAGAGGUGCGGCUGGGGAACUGGAAGGAAUCGCUUUGGUAUCAAGGUAAAGGGAUUGGUGCGAGUGUACAGAUAUGAUGCUUUGACAAAUUGCGGGUUGGCGUUAUUAGGGAGUUGGGAAGGUUGAGGGACACACUCAAAGAGGGACAGCGUAAUUGAUUACUUGAUUAUCAAGACAUGGGAUGAGAAUGGUAUAUUCAGUACAUUUAUAUCACGUUACUGUGCUGAUAAUUUGCUUGGGAUACCCAAAAGGAUCUGGACCAUUGUGUGAUUUGAAGGGGUGAUUUGACGUUCAGAAUAAUGAAGGUCUUAUAGAUGGAUAGGAGACUAUCAGUCUACCACCUAUGUAGUUUUUAUUCUAAUAUCCCGUCAUCGCCAUGAUAAGUAAGGCCUUUAACUUCAAAAAUUGGAGUUAGAUGUUACCCGAGAUAUUUGAUGACUAAGGGACUAAGGGGGUAUGACAUAAUUUUAUAUAUCGAUCGGCCUUGAGCUUGAACU